AUGUCAAGUAAUAUGAAUCCAAUGUUGGCAGAUCCAUCAAUUGUUAUAAUUGCUGAUAAUGAUUCAACAACGAAAUCAAUAUCUCAACACCCAACCACCACUACCACCACCACAACAACAACUACAAGAACUUCAUCUGUUCAUAGUUUAGAUCCGAGUAAUGCCUUAUCAAAAUUAUUAGAUUCAGCAAUUGCUCAUGCAGCAAGAGAAUCAACUCCAGAAGUUAAUGAAUUUGAAUUUGAUCAACAAAAAACUAAUAUCAACAAUCUUAAUAAUGAUGAUGAUGAUGACGACGACGACGAUGACAAAGUAUUUAUUAAUUCAAUCCCACCUUCAAAACAAGGAAAUAAUAAAAUUUAUACUAUUAAAUAUUUAUUAUCUACACGUAAUGAAAUUCAACCAAUUGAUGUUAAUGAUAAAUUACCCGAUAAAUCAUUUUGGAGAUUAGGAAAAUCUCGAUCUAAUGAUGGUGGUGGUGGCGGUGGUAGUGGUGGUAAUACCAAUAGUGGCACAUAUAAGAAGAAAGGUAGACGAGGUGCUAAUUAUAAUGAAACUUGGGAAAGAAAAAACAGUACUAGUAGUGGAUCAGGACGUGAUCGUCAUGGUAGCGACAGACAUUUAGGAUUUAAUAGAUCUUUUGAAUUGGAUCAAUUAUCAAAUGAUAAAAUAUCUCAAUUAUUAGGUGAGCAAGAAAAUGAAUUAGAAACUCCUGAAUGGGAUGAUGUUGGGAAUUUUUCUGAAUCAUCAAAUAAAUACAAUAAUAAAGAGACUAAUAAUGGCGGAUUAAUGAAUAUGGGUCAAACCGUUGAAGAUUUUGAAAAAUGGAAAUAUCAAAUGAAAUUACAAGAACGAAGAAAAAAUGGUGAAGUGAUUGAUGAAGAAAAUGAAGAAUUAAAUACUGAUACUAAUGCUGCUGCUGUUCAUGCUGGUAAUGAAGUUGAUAAUUUUUUCUCAUUUGUAACUCAAGAUCAAGUUAAUGAUAAUAUUGAUAAUGGAGGAAUCAAAGAUAAUGAAACUAAUUUCAAACAAAGUAAUGAACAAUCACAUAAUGAUAAUGAUAAACCUCAUCGAUCAUCAAGAUUUUCAUCAUUUUUCCACCAACCAAAAGAAAUUCCAAGUCCAGCAACUACUACAAUCACCACAACUAUCCAACCUCAAUCUCAACCUCAACCUCAACAAUUAAGUAGUGGUCAACCAACACCAAAUAGUACACAACCACCGCCGGGAUUUUCAAAAUUUUUUGGAGGUCCGCCACCACCACCACCACCGCAACCCCAACCAUUACCACAGCUGGGUCCUUCAUCAACAUCAACACAUACUCAAGAUCUAGGUCCAAAUCAAGGUCAAGGUCAGCAAUUUUUCCCACCUCCAUCACAACAACAGCAACAACAACAACAACAACAACAACAACCAACACAACCAACACAACCACCCCAUAUUUUACAAAGACAAGGCUCUUCUAUUUCAUCACAAGGUUCAACUACAGGUCCACCGCCACAACCACAACCGCCACAACCACCAACACAACUACCAGUGGGAGCAGCUUCCAAUGACAAUUUCUUCAUGUCAUUACUCAGUAAAAAAGAACCAACAAAUAGUACUUCAAACUCUGCUGCAUCUACACCUGCUGCUAAUGUCAAUAUUUCUAAUUUAGCAAAUACACCAGGAAAGCAACAAAGUCAAAUAGUUCAACCUGAUAGUAAUAAUAACAACAGUUCUAGUUCAAGAAAAGAACCACAGGCAUUACAAGGUGUUCCUCAAGGACCACAACCACCACCACCACCAUUUCAACAACAACAACAUCAUCAACAAUUUCAACAACCAAUGUAUUCACAAUUCCCUCCUCAACAAAUACCACCAAAUCAAUUACCACCUUGGAUGAGAGGUGGUCCAUUACCACCUCAUCUACAAGGUAAAGGGUUCCCACCUCCGCCACCACCACCAGGAUUUAUCAACAAACAACCGCCACAAAAUCAGAAUCAGAAUCAAAGUCAAGGCCAAAACUCGAAUCAAAAUUCUGAUCAACAACAACAACAACAACAACAACAAAGACUUCCGCCUCCAGGAAUAUUCCCACCUGGUUAUAUGCCUGGUCCACCAACCGGAUCUAAUUUCAUGCCUCCCCCACUUUCCCAGCAACAACAGCAACAACAAUUUGUUAAUAAUCCCAAUGCUAGAUUUGGUCCACCACCUCCAUUUAUGGGUAUGCCAUUACCACCACAUUUAGCAAGACCAGAAGCUGCUGUUCAAAAUCAACAAAAUAGGCCUCAAUCUCAGUCUCAACAAGGUGGACAACCACAACCAUAA